GUCAGGAGGCUUGGAAGUGGCGGGAAAACUCGUUUGGGAGUGGGAUUCCUUCCUUACGGCGCCCGAAGCCGAGCGGCUAUGAGCCUCUGGGUGGACAAAUACCGGCCGUGCUCCUUAGGGCGGCUCGACUACCACAAGGAGCAGGCGGCCCAGCUGCGGAACCUGGUUCAAUGUGGUGACUUUCCUCAUCUGCUAGUAUAUGGACCAUCAGGUGCUGGAAAAAAGACAAGAAUUAUGUGUAUCCUACGUGAACUUUAUGGUGUUGGAGUGGAAAAAUUGAGGAUUGAACAUCAAACCAUCACAACACCAUCUAAAAAGAAAAUUGAAAUCAGCACUAUUGCAAGUAAUUACCACCUUGAAGUUAAUCCCAGUGAUGCUGGAAAUAGUGACCGGGUAGUAAUUCAGGAGAUGUUGAAAACAGUGGCACAAUCGCAGCAACUUGAAACAAACACUCAAAGAGAUUUUAAAGUGGUGUUAUUAACAGAAGUUGACAAACUCACCAGAGAUGCUCAACAUGCCUUGCGGAGGACCAUGGAAAAAUACAUGUCCACCUGCAGAUUGAUCUUGUGUUGCAAUUCUACAUCCAAAGUCAUACCACCUAUUCGUAGUCGGUGCCUGGCAAUUCGGGUGCCUGCACCCAGCAUCGAAGAUAUUUGCCAUGUGUUGACAACUGUGUGCAAAAAGGAAGGUUUGACUCUCCCACCACAGCUGGCUCACAGACUAGCAGAAAAGUCCUGCAGAAACCUCAGGAAAGCCCUGCUCAUGUGUGAAGCCUGCCGGGUACAGCAAUAUCCUUUUACUGAAGAUCAAGAAAUCCCUGAAACAGACUGGGAGGUAUAUCUGAGAGAGACUGCAAAUGCUAUUGUCAGUCAGCAGACACCACAAAGGCUCCUUGAAGUUCGUGGAAGGCUUUAUGAGCUUUUAACUCAUUGUAUUCCUCCGGAGAUAAUAAUGAAGGGCCUUCUCUUGGAACUUUUGCAUAAUUGUGAUGGACAGCUGAAAGGGGAAGUGGCCCAGAUGGCAGCUUACUAUGAGCACCGUCUGCAGCUGGGUAGCAAAGCCAUUUAUCACCUGGAAGCCUUUGUAGCCAAGUUUAUGGCACUUUAUAAGAAGUUCAUGGAGGAUGGAUUGGAAGGCAUGAUGUUCUGACUGGCAGUAAUUUUUUCAACUGUUUGUCAGAAUCAACAUUUAUUGAUGAUUUAUAUUAGGAGAGCUAUGGGUAAAAUUAAUAAACUUUACUUCACUAUGCCUUACUUCUAUUUUUUUCUUUUACUAGUAAUUCCUCUGUUUACUAUUAACCAUCCCCAUGUUAAAUAAUUGCUCCUGUAUUGUUAGAAGUAUAUUGAAAGGACACUGGUAAUCAUUAAAGCCCAAGAAAAGAAUUUUACUGUAAAAUAA